GGGCCCUGGACUACUACGGACUGUACGACGACCGCGGGCGCCCCUACGGCUACCCAACCGUUUGCGAGGAGGACCUGAUGCCCGAGGACGACCAGCGGGCCACACGCAACCUUUUCAUCGGGAACCUCGACCACAGCGUGUCCGAGGUGGAGCUGCGACGGGCCUUUGAGAAGUACGGCAUCAUCGAGGAGGUGGUCAUCAAGAGGCCUGCACGGGGCCAGGGCGGCGCCUAUGCCUUCCUCAAGUUCCAGAACCUGGACAUGGCCCACAGGGCUAAGGUGGCCAUGUCAGGCCGGGUGAUUGGCCGCAACCCCAUUAAGAUAGGCUAUGGCAAGGCCAACCCCACCACUCGCCUCUGGGUGGGUGGCCUGGGACCUAACACCUCACUGGCGGCUCUGGCCAGGGAAUUCGACCGCUUUGGCAGCAUUAGGACCAUCGAUCACGUCAAAGGAGAUAGCUUUGCCUACAUCCAGUAUGAGAGCUUGGACGCAGCCCAGGCUGCCUGCGCCAAAAUGAGGGGCUUUCCCUUGGGUGGGCCUGACCGCAGGCUCCGAGUGGAUUUCGCCAAAGCAGAGGAGACCCGGUACCCCCAGCAGUACCAGCCCUCUCCCCUGCCUGUGCAUUAUGAGCUUCUCACAGAUGGAUAUACCCGACACCGAAACCUGGAUGCUGACCUGCGCGUGCGCGAUAGGACCCCCCCACACCUCCUGUACUCAGACCGGGAUCGGACAUUUUUGGAAGGGGACUGGACCAGUCCCAGUAAAAGCUCUGACCGCAGAAACAGCCUAGAGGGCUACAGCCGCUCAGUGCGCAGCCGGAGUGGUGAGCGCUGGGGGGGUGAUGGGGACCGUGGGAUGCCCAAGCCCUGGGAAGAGAGGCGGAAGCGGAGGAGCCUUUCUAGUGACCGUGGAAGGACAACCCACUCCCCUUAUGAGGAACGCAGCAGGACCAAGGGUGGCGGGCUGCAGUUGGAGCCAGGCUCCGACCGAACCCCAGAGCGCAGCCGCAAGGAGAACCACUCCAGUGAGGGGACCAAGGAGUCGAGCAAUUCUCUCAGCAACAGCAGACACGGGGCUGAGGAGCGGGGCCACCAUCACCACCACCACCAUGAGGCUCCGGACUCUUCCCACGGGAAGAAGACAAGAGAUAGCGAACGCAAUCACCGGACCACUGAGGCUGAGCCCAAGCCUCUUGAAGAGCCAAAACAUGAGACCAAAAAGCUAAAGAAUCUUUCGGAAUAUGCUCAGACACUACAGCUGGGUUGGAAUGGGCUUCUGGUGUUGAAAAACAGCUGCUUCCCAACAUCUAUGCACAUCCUGGAGGGAGACCAGGGGGUUAUCAGCGGUCUCCUCAAAGACCACACUUCUGGGAGCAAGCUGACCCAGCUGAAGAUUGCCCAGCGCCUUCGACUGGACCAGCCCAAGCUCGACGAGGUCACACGACGCAUCAAACAGGGGAGCCCCAAUGGCUACGCAGUGCUCCUAGCCACCCAGGCAGCCCCCAGUGGACCUGGCCUUGAGGGAAUGCCUGCGGUAGAACCAGGCCUACAGAGGCGGCUUCUCAGGAACCUGGUCUCCUACUUGAAACAGAAGCAGGCUGCAGGGGUGAUUAGCCUGCCAGUGGGUGGGUCCAAGGGCAGGGACAGCACGGGCAUGCUGUACGCCUUCCCACCCUGCGACUUUUCACAGCAGUACCUCCAGUCAGCUCUGAGGACACUGGGCAAACUAGAAGAAGAACACAUGGUGAUAGUUAUAGUAAGAGACACUGCCUAGCCCAGACCUGUCUUUUCCACCUCUAUGUUUGUGUCGCAGAAGCAGUUAUUUUAAAAUCAGAACCCCUCUACCCUGUCCCCCUUGAAUUCUCUGCCAGGAUAUUUUGGUUCAUUCAAUGAGGACCGAUGUCCUGUCCACCACCAAAACUUAAGUUCUUAGAUUCGGGGGAUUUUUUUUUUUUUACAACAAAGAGAAGGGACUCCAGUUAUGUUGAUUUCUAGUGUAUGAAAUACUGUCUGCUGUGUUCUGUAUUUUUUUAAUUUUUGACUAACUGUAUGGAAAGUUGUCAGUAAAGCCUUUUGUCAGAGGAUGGAUUUUUAAUCCUGUUGAGUCCUGGUUUAAUCAAGCUUUCUCUCAACGAAUGGAAGACUUUCCCCCAGUGCAUGCACACAAAUGACAUGUCACCUGUCCAACACUGCCUUGUCCAAAAGCCCUGCUGUGUCAGUGGCUCUCAGUCUUCGAGCUACAUCAGGACUGUGUGAGCUAUUUUAUAUUGGUUGUUGGCAGGGGGCUUCACUUUGGGCUCUGGACCCUGCCACUCUGGCCUGAGGAGAGCCAGUGUAAAAAGCGGGUGAGCCUGAAGGUUUGUGGCCAGCAGCUUUUUGUAGUGUUUUCCUGCCCUAAAUAAUGUGCGUCCGUCACCUUGAGCUGCAGUUGGACAAAAAUGCCUGUUUGGCAGUAAGUGGUCUUCAGCACUUGUGUGGCCUUGAACAUGGGGGUAGCAGUGCAGUAUUGAUGCCAGCGGGUCUUGGUGCCGCUAGUCUGUCUGGGCUCCCUCUCAUUAGCCUCCUCCUAGCCUUACUCAGCCCAGGGAUGUUCAUUGUUCCCCCCUCAGACUCCCAAAAGCCUGGGAGUCCAGAUGCCAGAGUGGAGGGUUGGAGGCAGCCUUCCUUGGUUAAUUCCGGAACUUGACUGAUGUCAUUGUGGACUCGGUGCAGGACUGGUCUAUCAGUGAAGUGGCGCUGUCCCCAUUCUCCCCUGGGGCUUUGUGAGGGACCGCAAAUCCCUCACCUGGAGUGCUUCUGCAGUGCUGCCCAGGAGCGGUGGGUUAGCCGUGAUGGGCUGUUUCCCUGUGCAGAGUGAGCAUGUCUAGACCUUUUGCCUUGGCUUAGGAGGUGGGUACUCUCUGUGGGGCAGUGCUAGAACUUAAAGCUGUUUAGGCCAAGCUGGAGAGGAAGGUGUGGAGCCAUUAGCUGGGGGCAAAGGUGGCCUGAAGGAGUCUUAGGUCCUGCCUUCACUUGUCUCUAGUAGGAAGCACAUGGCACUUGCCACUGUAGAAUGCAGCCAAACAGCACUCUCGUGUAGCAGUUUGGAUGUUCUAAAAGGGACCACUGUCCGGGCUAAAAGCAGAAACUCUGGUAAGAGAAAUAAGCUCCCCAAAGGGCCAAGAGCUCAGCUUCUGCCUACCAAGCUCUCCUCUCCAGGCCUGAUCCCUGCUGCAGGUGGAGUUAGGGAGAGGUGCUCUGUGAGGUGCAGGCUGCCUGGAGAGCCCAGGCCUAUUACAAGGACACAGGGCUGUUUUGUAGAGACCCUGGAGAUCUGGAAUGAACAUGGUUAGGUGCCUAGGGAAGUGCUGCCCACUGGGCUUCAGCUGGUGCUCCUGAGAGCAAGCAGGUUCAUAACAAAUGUCAACACUGGGAAGUGUUAAACAUGUUUGCCUGCCUCCGCCUGAGCCCUGGGCACAGCUGCUCUAAGGCAGUGAGUCGGACACGGCAGAACCACCUGUACCAUUAGGGUACACAGAGUACUGCCAGAAGCCAGGUGGGGCUCCUCUUGAAAGCACACUGCUGAGUGGGGAAGGGGGCUCGUAGGUCUUUAACAAAUGCCCCAGUCACAGGUCAGAGCUGCCUUGGCAAGUGUCCUGAACAUCUGGGCUGCCUUUUCCCUUCAUAGAGUGGGUGCUCAGGGUCCAGAAUACAUCUCCCAGCUCUCCCAGACAACUACACAGAUAAGAAAUAUGCUAAAAAACCUGGGGAGAUCCGAUACUUCCUUGCCUUGCCCUCUGGCUCCAAACUGCCAAGUUUUGGUGACGAGGCACACCCCAGUGUGACCUUCCUCCUCCCUUCUCUUCCCUAGACCUUCUGAACCACUUCCUUCCUUUAGCUCUUAAGACAUAGAAGGUUCUGUGACUUCUCUGACCAGCUGUGGCUAGCAGUAGUAACAGUAGGUCAGGUAUCGGGCCUGUCGGCUUUCUAUUGCCCCAGUGAGAAAAGCAGUUGACGGCAGGUGUGCGCCACCCCCCACCCUGGGGCUCAGGUGCUGAGAUGGUGCUUCAAGGCAAACAGCAGAGAAGGCGGGAUUCGCCUCCUUGGCACUUUGUACUGAUGUCUUAACUUUCUUCCUAAGUGAUUCCGAUUCGAAGCCCUGGUAAAAUAGGGGCCAGGACUGAUAUUUCCUUAUCCUCUUAGGGCACCUUCCUAAGGGUAUUUUGUCAAGGCAACCAGAAUUAUGCUUUCCUGUUAGAAGUGCCCAUCUCCACCUUGGAGACCUGUGGGUGUCCCAGGAGCUCUGGCAGAGUGACUGGCUCUGUUGAGUUAAUGACCUGUAUACAGGCGUUUCCAACUUGCUUUUAUCCUGCCCUCCUCUAUGCACUCAGUGCCAGCAGUGGGAUUAUUCCAUUGGUUAGGGGUUACCUAUCCACUUAAGCUAAGCUGAGGCCUCUGUUCUCCAGGGGACUAGGGACCCCACCUGUGUGACACAAGCCUGCUCGGUAUAUGCUCCUACCCAGCAGGACCUGCCCUGUGCUGCUUGAUGUACUUCACAACCACCAAAUUGGUCCCCCUUCUCUGAGUAAAGGGAGAAAAAUCUUUUUAUAUAUAAUUCCUGUGUAACAGCUGUUUGGACUAAAUCAAAGAACGCAAGAGACUAGGGUCUUAUAUUUUGGGAAGAAAAGGGGGCAGGUAGGAUGAGUGAAAAAGGUAGCACCCCUUGAACUUUCUCUGGAAGUUACACGGUUUUCACCACAGGCCAACUUUAAAGGCCUCUAAGUACGCUAAUGCAAACCCAGCCUGACCAAGCCCCGGCUGUACCCAAAACACCAGGAGAGGAGAACUAAGUCACAGACCCCGCAGGAAAAAGCAAUGGCAGCUGCCACGCUACAGGGAAAGCGAAAAGCUUUUACUCCUUAGCUUUGCCAGCUUGUUCCUCCAAAGCUUUCCGGUAUCCCUAACUUUCCUGCUCCACCAAAUCUGUAUUUGGCAGCUGCCGUGAUGCACAACACGGGCGGAGAGGUGUGUCCAAGGACAGUGCCCUGAGCACCUCUUCUCCCUGGCGUGCUUUAUCUGGACAGAACACGUUCUUCCCACCACCCUGGUCUGCCCUGCUCAGAAGGUGUCUUCUCCAUGGCCUGGCUUGAGCUACAAGGAAAGGAUCACACCCCACUUUGGUAAAAGGAGUACAGGGAAAGGCCAUAAACAAACACAGACAGACUUGUAGUUUAUUUUGUAUUUUUUUUUUAAAUAAAUACACUUUACAUUAAAGAAAAAGGCCUUUGAUUUGUAAUUUCCACAUUGGGGAGAAAGUGAAAGAAAUUUUUGAAAAACUGAAUCAUAAAGAAAAAUAGAGGGAGUGAACUUAUAUCCUAAGUUCCCUCAACUCCACAAAACCAGUAUCCACAAUGACCAUGCUGCGCCCACCGCGGAGGGUGAGCCCAGGCAUUUCCUCAGCAAGCCAGCCGCACUGCCUCCCACC